AUGUUGCCCAUGGAAGAGGGAAGCUCUGAAUCUUCGCUGGAUGAAGAGGAGGUGGGCUAUGCUGCUACCCGAAUUCGUUCGAUUUCGGUGCAAACAGACGAUGGUGGCCGAGCGCACACAUUGAUCUUGGAGGAGUAUGAAGAGCUACAUAAUGACGAUCGCAUGUUCGAGGCUCGACAUUUCGCUUUGGGAAAUCUGGCCGCCAAGCUUGCACAUUGGCGCCUGGAGGGCCACUGGACAAUGCAGUGCGUCUCUUUGUUUGCCGGUGGCUUCCUCACACAUUUAUAUGCUUAUUCAGGCCCCCGUGUUGGUGGAGACCUUGCCCAAGCAACUCUCAUCACACUCUGCGGUCACCUGGCACCGCCGCUGACCGCGCCAUUUGCUUUUGGGGCUUUCACAGGCGUUCUAUCCCCAAAGCUUGCUCCUGCUUAUCACUGGCUCGCCCUUCUGCUCCUUGUGGGCUGCAUUCUCUGGCUCUUGGUUUCCCACUUCAAGGUCUUUGUCGGCUUUGGAGGCCGUGUAGGCUUCACUGCAUUCUGCUCCUGCUACCUGGUGCAGGCCGUGGUUCUCAUGCCGGUGGGUGCCGUCGAGUACCGCGCAGUGAAUCUUUUGGCUGACAUGCUGCUUGACGGAGCAAAAGUGUCGUCUGUGCGCGUUGCAUAUGAACAGCGUGUGUGGCAAAAGGAUGUGAUUUCUGUCUUGGCACCAGUGUUUGGAGCCGUGACUGCCAAUUUUCUGCGCAGCUGUGGCGCCAGCCUUGAGAACCCAAUCACUGGAGCAACAUCCGGCUCACUCACGGCGUUCCUAGUGCUGUCUGUCAGUGGUUGGAGCUUUGCACCCGUUGCAAUGAAUGGGUUUGCAGUUGGAUCUUUCGUUGGCAUGGCCUCUUUCGAGUACCUCCCGACAACGAUGGAUGCAUGGGAUGAAGAGGACAAGUCCUUGUUCUAUGACAAGACCUUCCCCCACAGGCAGAUUCCGUCCAUCGAUGGUCCGGGAGCCACAGCUACCGGCUUGGCUCAGCCAAUGUGGGUUCCAGCACGACGACUCCACCGCGGUCAGUGGCGUCUGUUUGAUGGCAUUGAUGGCCGGCUGCAGAUGGGUCGGGGGGCUUUUGUCUGCUUCAAUCCUCGCACUUUCCUAGCUUCGGAACGCAUCAGAGCUGGAGCCCCGUAUAUUGGGACAGUUGACAUUUCCUCUUCUGGGCCGAAGAGGGUCUUAUUUACAAACUAG